CAGAACAUUGUCAGUGGUCCUCUACUGAUGCUGAAGAACACCUGAAUGAAGGCAUUGCAGCUUGACGUUUCGAUUAAAAAAAAAAAAAAUACUAUUUAGCUAACAACUAUGAAUUGCUACAUUCUGUCCUUAAUAUGGGCGAUAACAUUACCUGCGUGCAUGGCCAUCCACGGAUUAUACAAUUUCGGUCAACCCGAGUUAUUCUACAAAAAGAAUAACUGCAAACCCAUCCCGGCCAAUCUUCUCCUGUGCCAUGACAUUGAAUACACCGAGAUGCGCCUCCCGAAUCUUCUCGGGCACGAGACCAUGAACGAGGUUUUGCAGCAAGCCUCUUCGUGGAUUCCACUGGUCCAGAAGCAGUGUCACCCCGACACGAGGAAGUUUCUUUGCUCUCUCUUUGCACCGGUGUGUCUGGACGAUUUGGACGAGACUAUCCAGCCGUGCAGGUCGUUGUGCGAGAGCGUCAAACACGGUUGCGCACCGGUGAUGUCCGCGUUCGGGUUCCCGUGGCCAGAUAUGCUUGACUGCGAGCGCUUCCCGCCCGACAAUGACCUGUGUAUCCCUCCAGCGGGCAUCGAUCAUUUCAUGCCAGUCACCAAAGAAGUGCCCAGAGUGUGUGACGCCUGCAAGGAAAAGGAGGAAAAYGACAAUGAAAUAGUUGACAACCUGUGCAAAAAUGACUUCGCCCUGAAGAUCAAGGUAAAGGAGAUCUCCUACAUGAACGGCGACACCAAGAUCGUGCCCGAGACCAAGAGCAAGACCAUCUACAAGCUGAGCGGCGUGACUGAGCGCGACCUGCGCAAGACGGUGCUCUGGCUCAAAGAUGGCCUGCAGUGCGUGUGCGACGAGAUGAACGACAUCAACGCCUCCUACCUGGUCAUGGGCCAGAAGAUGGAUGGCCACCUGGUGAUCACCUCGCUCAAGCGCUGGCAGCGGGGCCAGCGCGAGUUCAAGAGGAUCUCGCGCAGCAUCCGCAAGCUGCAGUGCUGAGCGACGCAAGACUCAAGAUCAGAUGAGUCUUAUCUAAACUCUAGGAGCCGGAUCUGGUCUGAUCCGGAUGCAACUAGUUCUGUCAGAAUUGUUAAACGUCCUGUUUUUAGUACCAUGUGUUUAGCACUGCCAUAGGCUACUUUUCAACAAUUCCAUGGUUUAUUAGGAUCUCAUUUGAGCCAUCAAAUAGUUCUUAAGACAAAACAAAUCACAUACACAUUACAGUAAAAUCAAAGACAAACAGGUGCGUCUGUUGUAGGCCUACUACACAGUCCCACUUGUAAUGUUGUCUGCAUUUUUCAGUGUUUCUGAAAAGAUUAAAUCAUUAGUUACCAGUCAUUUUUUCAUGAUUUUAAAUGCAGUCUGUUAGGCUACACUUAUCCAGACUUGAUGAUGAGGCUGGAUACAUUUAGUGCAUAGGCCUAUCAUUAGGUGAGGAGAGGUGUGGUUUCUGUGUGCAUGGUGUGGUAUUUUUCAGAUGUAUUCUUUAAGAUGAUGAUAGCGAGACUAAGGUAUGUAAUGAAAUACAAUGUAAUGUGCUUUUUUUUACGUAUUAUUUUUCUCAAGCAACGAGAGAUAGCUGGCUAUAUUCUCUGCCUUUUUAGAUACUACUUUCAAUGUACCCCUGGCAUUGGAAGUUCAACGGGCCAAAGCAAGGCCCAUAUCAUUGCAGUGACGACGAUCAAUUAUUUGACCCUCUGCAGUCAAUGGACGGUCAACUUUUUUGUACAUGAGCCUCAAUACUGCACUGUUCCUAUUUCCACCACAAUUAUUGAUUUAUGAAAUAUGUUUCUGUUUCAAGCUUUUUUACGUAAGUUCCUUUGACAUGCCAUUUCAGUUUCAACUUUUUUAAGACAUUUAUUCUCACUAUGACAGCGUGUCUUAGGUAUGUUAACUAAGUAUAUCAGGAUUGUAUAUUAGUGGUCGAUUUGUGUUUUCAUUUCUUGGGGUGAAUACAAAAAAAAAAUGCAGCUGUAGUGUAUGUGUGUGUAAAAUAUUGCUUUAUAUAGUACUCUGUAAAUAUUAGAUAAACCUUGUAUUCUUGUACAUAGUUUUUGGGAGACAGCAGAAGUCGAGACAAGUGUGAAUUCAGAUGGUGAUAACUUUUUAAAAUUACAACACUAAACAUAUAUUUGUAUAAUAUUAAUCUGAGAAGUGUAAUUCUUAUAAAUGAUCUGUUACUGCAUUUUUUGGUCCCUCUUAAUUAAAGGAAACAAUUCAAGGAACCUUAAA